GAGUAAACAUGGUGGACAUUCGCAUAUUGUUCACUUUGUGAUGCAGAUUAGUCUUUGGGCAGCUUUUUGUUCUCGUUCGUAGCUGUUGUUUCUUUAAUCUAACUUGAUGACACAUUAGAAGCCAGCUUCUAUUGUAAUUUGCUGCCAGAGAUCGUUUGGAAUCACCUCUUCAAAGAAUGUGGCUGAAAAAGGUCAUCAAACUAUCCUGAGCGUUGGGAAAAUAACGGUUGUUAUGGUACACUGCAGCUGCGUGUGAACUAAACUAUCUGGGAAAAAGCAAGAUCGCUGAAUACCUCGAUGUUGUCGGUAUAAAGAAACGGAAAUAUCACCAUUGCCUGCGACCUGUAAACUUAUUUCAUUGAACGGUUGCUAAGUGAGGCUCUCGCACAAUCGUGAUCCACCAAAAGUUUCAGAACAACCAAGUGGUUUUCUUGGCGAAAUUAUUGGUUUGAACCAGUUGUACUUUACAAGAAUUAAUGAAUACGUUAAUGCUUUUAUCUAGACCAUUGAGAAUUGAUUUGUUAUGUACUCUUGAGUAAAUUGUAUUUACAUAGACAAUGAACUCAUCGCGUCAAACAACUCAAUAUUCCGACGUUUAGAUGCAUUUUUAAAGAUUGAUUACCAGUUAUUCUGUUUUUGGUUAUUGGAUUUGUGCUUCCAAACAGUGAAAACCUUUGAAAAAAGCAGACUAACAUUUUUCUACAAUGUCACGAAUGAGGACUGGUUUGAGGCCAACAGUGCCCAUGAGACAUUCUCCAACUAAAUUUCCCCCUGUUAGCAAUGGUUUGAGGUCAAACUCUUUACCAGGGAGUGCUAACAGUAGAGAACCAGAGUGGGCAAAUGAUAUGGUGAGAGGGAUUCAGUUAAAAACAGCAUCUAAGACACCUUUGGUAGCAGCCCAUUCUCCCAGAAAAACUCCAGUAGGCCUAGAGGAGGUUAAAGCAACUACCUCAGCAAAACAACAUGGGGAAAUGACAUUUUCCAGUUCACAGCAAAGUAUGCGGGAAAGUGCCAAGGAUAAAGAAAUUGAGGUAAACUAUGCACCAUUCAUCAUUUAUUAAUGGGGGGGGGGAGGGGAGAGAGGGGAGGACUGAUACACAGCUAUCUGGGUUGCAAGCUUCUAUGGGGGCACAAGGGCUUAUUUCCCAAAAAAGUCUUGAUAAGAGACUUUCUCCCUGCCUUGUCGGCUCUAAAGAAUACAUUCUCCCUGAGGUUUUUGAGAAUAAGGUAAAUAAUACUCUUGGACAUUUUCACACAAUAAAUAUAUGCUUUACAAAUUAUUGCUGGUUUUGCACCAAUGUUGAGAAACUAUCCAUAAUAGUACUUCAAGAGUGUAUCUUGGCAUGAGAGAAUAUUAGGCUGAUUAAAACUCCAAACAAACAAACUGUAAUGCUUUUGUUUUGUAAACAGAUAGCAAUGUUAAAUCUUUUUUUCUUCAAAGUAUCACUUUAUUGUAAAUUAAAUUGAUAAGCAAAGGUAAUCUUAAUUGCUGCGUUUUUGAUGAGUAUCAAUUUUGGUACUUUCAUCUUUUCCAGAAACUGAAGUUAAAAAUCUUAUCGCUUCAAAAGCUCAUUGAGCAGCUGCGUGCAGAAAUAAAGGAGAAAACCCAUAAAAUAACAGAAUUGGAGGAGAAGCUCAAAUCACAGGUAAAGGCUUCACUUAAUACGUGGUAAGAGUCAGAAGGAAAGGUUAGAAAAGAUGUUUAACAUUUGUUUAGAGCAUGGAAUAAUGACAAAUGUAAGUCUUUUUUAUGGUUUCCAACCUCAGGCGUCAUGAUCAGGUGUUUUGUUAGCUGAUUAGCAUAGAUCUCAAUGGUGAGAUACAUCAUUUUCUGGGGAAAAAAGGAGAAUGCUUCUUCCAAGGGGGACAUAAAUAUAUUCAAGACUUUGUUUUGGUCAGAAAACAAAUGAAUGUUUCUUUACUGUUGUUAGUUUUGGAACUUUGUACAGUAAUGUUUCAGUUUUUGUUUUUUGUUCUGCCAAAAUGACAGAAAUGAAAGUUAAACAGAAUAUCUAGAGGGUCACCUAUAUAUUUAAUAUAUCACAAAAUGCUGGAUGAAUAUUAUUUUCCUUACUUAAAAAGAGACUACCUUGUUCUCUGUGUUAGAUGAUCUAGAAGUCCAUUCUCUGCCUUUGAUGACCUUGAUGGUAACAGUUAUAAUGAGAGUGAUGUUAUUUACUGUACUGUGAUGAUAUUUACUGUAAUGUAAUGAUAUUUACUCUUGUUUCAUUGAUAGGAAGCUGAGUUUGAAGAAAAGAUCAACAAAGUAAAAGCCAUUAUCACUGAAAAGGAGAAAGAACUCAACGAGAAGACAAAAGUUAUAAAAAACAAAGAUUUAGAAAUUAAUGAACUGAAAGACAGCUUUGAGAAAGAAAAGGAAGAGAUUACAAAACAAGUAAGAAUAAAAACAUUCUUAAAGUAUAAAUCAUAAAUACAGAAUGUUCGUGGCUUAUUGUAUGCUUUUUUCACAGUUUGAACUUGAAUUAAACAAGUUGAAAGAGCAACAUCUGCAAGAGCUCACUGAGCGUGAUGGCAAGAUGAAAAUCUUAAAGAUGCACAUGGCUGAUGCUCUUAAGGAUAAUUCCCGGUAUUUAAUUUGCAAUUUUUGCCUAUAAUUAUGUAAAUCUUUGGACUUCAACUAAAACUAAUUUGUUUAUAAUUUUGAGGUUUUCUUUCUUGCUGGUGUUGGCUUUGCAAUUUAUUUAAUUACAAUUUUGAUGUUUUACUUCACAGGGAGAGGCAAGUACAGCUUGAAGAACUCACAAAGGAGCUUAAAAGAGUUACGGAAGAAACUGAUGUGUUGAAAUCCAAAUUGCAGUCAAUGAAAUCAUCAAAUCAGGUACUUGGUGGAUUAUUUUAUGCCCUUUAUUAUUGUCUUCAACCCUUUCACUCCCACAAGUGACCAAGACAGAAUUUCUCCUUACAAUAUCAAUACAAUAUCAAGCAGGCAGGUGAUGAGAAUAGAGAAAAAUAUCAAUCAUGGGAUUAUUAGUUGAUCCAACACCAAAUUCUCUGAACUAACAUCAUAAGAAUUGUAUGGCAGAUAUUAAGGAGAAUAACUAAUUAGAUCUUGGGAGUGAAAGGGUUAAGCUAGAGAUGAUUGUAGUUUUUUAAUAAUAAAUAAUAAUUAUGGUUUAAUCAUUAUCCCCUUCACAGGGCGUGAAAUUGUGCCUAAUACAGGCGCCAAUGUGACUAAAUUUUUCACUUUGGCGACCAAAUCCUGAAAGUUAGUCGCCAAGUUUAGGAGCCAAGUGGCUAUCAGAAAAAAAAGUUAAUUUCACGCCCUGCUUCAUUAUUAGUUAUAUUUUGAUUAUGGUAUAAUUAACAAACAGAUUCCAUGUUACCAUAUGUAUGUUCAGUAAGAGAUCACAGAGAAGUGAAAAUGUGGUAAGAUUAAAAAAGUAGCAUGCAAGAUGUAGCUGAGUAUGACACUGAUUGUACAGACCUAUUGCAACAUGGAAUGUAUAAAUGUUUUAUGUGAUAAAUAAGCAAAAUUUUGUAAAUGGUGACAUCAUUUUUGUGACUCUCCUCCAAUUGAUCAUUAGUAAGAACCAAUCAAAAUACAUGACUUGUAUAACUCAGCUCAUGUAUGGAGGUACCAAAAUCACCAAAUUUUUUUCUCUCUCCAGACCAUCUAUUAUUUCUUUAUUUCACACUGGAAGUCAAACAUAAGCUAACAUAUUCUAAUUAAACUGCAUUUUAUCACUCUUUUGUUGUAAGUUAUGAAUUGCUGUUUUUCUGCCUUUUAGGGCAAGUGUCCAAACUGUUUUGUAAUGGAGAAACAACUCCAAUCAAAAAUUCUUGAACUAAGAGACAAAGAAGUUGUAACCAUUGAGAUGCAGCAGUUGUGUGCAAAAAUGGAACAGCAACUUGUGCAACAGGUAGAUAUUAGGAUUACCUCCAGGUGUACAUUGCAAAGCAACAUCCAUAGAGUUGUUUCAUUGGCAUAGUUGUUCAAUUUUGCCUCAAAUAAUAAUUAUUUUAAAACAUUCUAUUUACAAAGUUAUUACCAAUAAUUUGAUUCACAUUAUUUCUCUCAUUCAAAUAGGACCAACUUUUGCGUCAAUGGGCGAAAAAUAAAGGAAAGCCAGUCAGGUGAUAAAUGAGGUGAGAUUUUCUUUCUUGGUCGGCCUGCCUUAGACAUUCUGUAUGUAAAUGCUAGAAGUCAAAAUAAAUGUUACAAAAGCGAUAGAUAAAUAUUAUCCUAAUGGUAGAAAUGUGUGUCACAUAUGAAUCUAGUAGGUGGUUUAAGAAAACUCUCAGUGGUGAGGUGAAGCAUGUGAUUUGCAUUGGUAUGUUCAGGAAUAGGGCCAUUUCAAAGUUACAAAACACAAGCCAAAAAAAAAAAAACGUGCACCAAAGGUCAAUUGGUUUUAAGCACUUGAGAAGAAACACCAUGGACCUACUGUCGUCAAUUUGCCUCAAACUACUCACUUUGGUUUUUUCUAUUUUUUUCUUAACAGAUAGCAUGCAUCUGAAAUAAAUACAAUUAUUGACUACUUAGAAAAUUUGAUUGCCUAUGAAAAUAUUUAUACCCAUACGGUAGCUUUUUAUUUAAUUAAGCAAUGUAUAAUUUUAGGUGUGUAAUGUAAAAGCUCUUUAUAACUUACACUAGCAUUAAGUCUUUUGAGAUUGUAACCUCUCAAAUACCUAUCAGAGACUUAGCUUGGGAAUUGACUAUCACUUGCAAGGCAUAAUGUAGACAUAACUUAAGCCAAUUUCCAACUUAAUUUCAGUCUGUUAAUAACAGGAAGUCUCUAAAACAAAGGGUUAAUCUUUGUGCAGCCUUGUCUUUUUUAUUGUCAUCAAGAUCCCACAAAAACCACUACCUAUAAAAUAUGCAGGAUACCUUAAUCACUUUUUUAAAAGGAUAUUAUAUUUUCUUCAAAGAUAAGCUGUUAAUUUACUUUAUGAUAUUUAUAUUCUGCAAAGAUGAUUCUUGGGUGAAAAAGUGCAAAAUAUGUUUUUUUUAAUUUAUUUCAAUAAUACCAAAAAAGGAAAGACCAAAUAAGGAUAAUAUUUUGAGUAAAAGUUUUUCAAGAUGGUCAUCCCUCACCAUCCUUGAGUUAUGGGGUAGGUUUGUCAUAUGUAUAUAUAAAUAUAUAUAUAUAUAUUGGCAAGAGAAUGUUUUGACAGUGUUUGGGACUUGGGAAUCUGUGUGUAUUAAAUUGCAUUAAUCAGUGAUAAAUCUGAAGGAUUAAUGGGACUAGGUUGAGGCCUUGUGCAAGUCAGACAAUAUGUCUGAUACAUUCACUGUUGAUGAAGUUGAUCCUCAUGGCAUAAAAGAGGUCAGCUAUUUCAUUGCUAUCAGAAACUUCUUAAGUUGAGGUGCACUAAGAGCUUUAGGAGUGGUAUUAAAGGGAUUAUUUACAAGAUCAGUGUAAAAUAGUCUGCAAGAUUGACAAUAAAAC